CUGUUAUUGCGCUUCAUCUUCCGGCAAGCGCUAUGUUUGUAUGGUGCCUGAGGAGGAUCGGCUGAAUUUAGUUUUAUAGCGGUGGGAUUGCGAGUUAUUUUUUACAAAAUCUCUAUACCGAAAGUCUUAAACAAUCCUUGUGGGGGUUUUUUUAUGUGUGAGCGUCUGCGUGUGGAUGUCUCUGUGUCAGGCCCGCGGGAUGGCCGUCCCUGGAGCGGAGAGUAAAAUCACCGGGGCAUUAGUAAAACACAAACCACCUGGGGAAGUAGCCUUAGACGUACAACGGAAAGUACCAGAGGCAGCAGAGAUCAGCAGGCCGAAGAAGAAGGUUCUGUGUGAAGAGACGUACAUACAGAAUCUUCAGAAAAUCAUCCAGAGAGAUUUCUUCCCAGAUGUGGAGAAGCUGCAGGCUCAAAAGGAAUAUUUGGAAGCAGAAGAAUGUGGAGACCUUGAGAAGAUGAGACAAAUUUCCAUUAAGUUUGGCUCCUCCUUGGGCAAAUCGGCUCGGGAUACUCCACUGCCUUAUGUAACACCAGCAACCUUUGAAACUCCUACUGGAGUUCCUGGCACCCCCUCCAUGGCCACAGUUCACAGAACAGGAGAGGAAGAUCGAGCAAUAACAGAAGACAAAGUAGAAGUGCUUCCUGGUUUGGACCACUUUUUGGCUAGGCACACAAGUGAGGAUAAUGCAUCUUUUGAACAGAUAAUGGAAGUCGCUGAAGAGAAGGAGAGGAGCAAAAAUGCUUGGCUUUAUGAGGCGGAGGAAGAGUAUAAAGAGAAACUCCAGCAGAACCUGGCUCUGCCUUCAGCUGAAAUGCAAGCCAUAGAGUGUGGGAAGGCAGGUCUGGACACAUGGGAAUACAAAGCACAAAACUCUCUUAUGUAUUAUCCUGCAGGUGUCCCAGACAAAGAUAACAUCUUCAAGAAGCCUAGAGAAGUUGUUCAUAGAAACACCAGGCUUCAGAAGGACCCCUUCAGUCAAGCGCUAAGUAAAACACAGCUACAACAGGCUGCAGCUCUCAAUGCACAGUACAAGCAGGGAAAGGUUGGUCCUGAUGGGAAGGAGCUGAUACCUCAGGAAUCUCCAAAGGUCAAUGGCUUUGGAUUUGUUGCCACGCCUUCUCCAGCUCCAGGAGUCAAUGAAUCACCUCUGAUGACUUGGGGUGAGGUUGAAAGCACACCAUUUAGGAUAGAUGGAUCAGAAACACCAUACUUGGAGAAAACACCUGGGCCGUCUUUUAAGAUAUUGGAGCCAGGUCGAAGGGAACGUCUUGGCCUUAAAAUGGCAACUGAGGCAGCAGCCAAGAACAGAGCAAAGAAGGAAGAAGCAUUACGGAAAGUAACAGAGAAUCUAGCUAGUUUGACCCCAAAAGGACUAACGCCAUCAUUGUCUCCAGCACUACAGAGGCUGGUAAACAGGACUAACAAAUAUACAGAUAAGGCAUUAAGAGCCAGCUACACACCAUCCCCUGCACACACAGCAACCCCAGCCUACAAAACUCCUGGCGGCCUCCACACCCCUACUGUUACCCCCACAACUAGGACUUCAUCACAGACUCCUGUUGCUCCAGAUCCCACAUCCAUCACUGAUAACUUGCUUCAUUUGCCCAAACGAAGGAAGGCAUCAGAUUUCUUCUGAAGGACUACAUCCCUGUGUGCUACUCACAGCUUCUUAUCUAUGUUAUCCAGUCUGUUUGUCAUAGCUUGGAACUGGUUCAUCCUUUCAUGAGAGCAUUUAAAUACAAUUUCUAAUUAAGGCAUCCCUUAAAUGUUGCCUUUACAAUUUGACAUUAAAUGAUGUAUGGACAAUUAAAAGCAAAUGUCAUAUAUAUGACAUAUUUUUGGUAUUUGUUUGAGAGUUUUGGCUCUAAACAGAAAACAAAUUCUGCCCUUAAGAAAACAUUGCCUGUCUGAACAUCAUAUGAUGUUUUUACUUAAUAAUUGUAGAUUUUAUUUAUUAUGACCUUUAUAGCAAACAAAAAAAAAAACUUUUAAUUCAUAGCUGUACUUUUCUCAGAAUACACAUAAGUCUUAUGUUCUGUUUCUACAAUGAAUCACUGUAUGGAUAGUCAUGUGUUACUAUAACACCAGAAUCAAUGCAGAGCUUUUCAUAAGUGUUUGUGUCUUGGCAUGCAAUGAAUAAUGAGUCUUUUAUCAAUACCCAAAGUUAAGGCAAGUAAUAAUUUGUUUAAAGCAGGCAUAUGGUCCUCCAAAUGUGGAAGGAUUUUCCAAUUGACUUUCAAUGCAAAUAUAUUUAUAACUUUGUUACAUGCAAUUUACUCUUACUCAUUUGGUCCCUCACUGUACCUCUGGAGUAAGGGUUAACCACACUCUAUCUUAUAUACACUCACACCCCUAAACUUUCAAAUAACUUGGGCAUAAUUGUAAUGACAACCUUUUUUGGGCAGAUGUUACACAAAUUUUUGGUGGGUGUUGUUCAGAUAAUACAAUCAUAAAUCCAGUCUGUACAUGCUUCAAACACUCCAAGAAGGUAUGCUCAGAACUGUAAUGUUUUCAACACCCCAGUCGUAA